AUGAUAACGUACCAAAUCCCCAAGUUCGUGGCCAAUUUAGCUACUAAACCUCGUGAUAAACCAAUCAAGGCACUGGCUCAAUAUCUUGAUGCUCCACGGGAAAGAAGAGCCGGAGGAGCACUGUUCGUGAACGAGCUCGAGGACGAGGAGCGCAACGCGGGACUCUGCUUUGACGACUGCGCUAGAAUUUUGAUGAUUAUACUGUGGGGUGUGAAUAGCAACGUACAAAUGACCACAUUUUGGACAAUGGCCCAUAUAUUAGCUCGGCCAGUCCUUCUUGCUAGGAUUCGACACGAGAUCGCACCCGUCAUGGAAAAAUUAAGCCUCUCGAAAACGCAAGUCGAGAUGCUAUGGGGAACUCAAUAA